GGUAACUGAUAUGUUGCUAUUUCGCGAAAUUUACCGUAAAUAUUCCGUUAAGUUAUCCGUUUAAGUUUAAUAUAACAUAUUGUUUUCAAUCGCGUUUUUUUUUCAAUCGUAUUUUUUAAACUGCAGUGUUUUAAAAGAAAACGGACAUAACAUAGACGCCAUGUCUCUCUAUGACGACUCGCUCCUGUGUAACUACCCAAAGUGUCGGACCAAGCUGAGCGGCUUCGCCUGGGUCACAGCCUGCUCUCACGCCUUCUGUGACCAGCACGGCUCCGGAGAGUUCAGCCGCUCCCCCGCCAUCUGCCCCGCCUGCUCCUCCGCCCUGUCGGGGAAGCUGGACAUCGUGAGGACGGAGCUGUCCCCCUCUGAGGACUAUAAGGCCAUGGUGCUGGCAGGACUCAGACCAGACGUAGUGCUGGACAUCAGCGCCCGCGCUCUGGCCUUCUGGAGCUAUCAGGUCCACCAGGAGCGUAUGUACCAGGAGUACAGCCUGUCCCGGGCCGAGGCCCAGGUGAAGCAGAUGGACAAAGUGCUGACUCAGCAGAACCAGAGCAGAGAGCUGGAGCUCACCGGCAUGAGAGGAGAGAUCGCCUCGCUGAAAAAGGUGAUGGAGGAGUAUAAAAGGAAGUACAGCGAGGUGUCUGAGAGGCUGAUGGAGAGAAACCGUCAGUACCAGAAGCUGCAGGGACUCUAUGACUCUCUGAGGCUGCGUAACAUGGUGGUGGGUGUCGGGGACAAAGACAUGCUGCCUCAGACAGGACAUCAGGACUUCACUGGGGUGCCUCGGCAGGGAACUCCUCAGAGGAGCCCUCAGUUUCUGUCUGAAGGAGACGGCAGAUUCUUCUCCUGCCUGGACGCUGACGGAGCCAAAAGCUUCUUCCAGUUCAGCUCCCCGGCCCCAGAGAGAGGCCGGCCCUUCACCAGGAAGUUCUGACUCAGCAGCUUUCAUCAGUUAGCUCCAUCCAGUCACACACGGCCAGCUGUUAGAGGAGUCACUGAGCUUUGUAGCAUUUAAUUAUAUUCUGAGCUCAGCUUGUAAUCCAGUGUUCAACCUUUAGUCUCUAGUGAAACGUUUGUGUUAAGAAGUUGACAAAUAAUAUAAAUACAUAAACUCUGUAUACAAAGAGA